CCCUGAUCCCGUUACUCACGGGUUCUUCUUGCCCAAACACCGUCCUGCCCAAAAUACUUUUCAUUUAAUCUUGUUUCCUGACAGCCUGCACAGUUCUCAUUGAAACUUGGUGAAUUUAUUCAUCUCUUUUAACUUUUUUAACCUCUUUUUCUCUACACUUGAAUACCUGUGUGUUAUCAGAGUGUUCGCCUGCCAUCAUGGCGACAGGCGGCUCACAGACGGACGUGAAGAGUUCUCUGAACGGGAACUUGGAUUUAUAUCACAUCUGGUUCGGUUCUACAACUCCACGGCCUCCUCUAAAAAACUAUCUGCUCCUGACCAUCCUCACCUGCUUCUGUCCGGCCUACCCUGUCAACAUUUUAGCCCUGGUCUUUUCUGUAAUGUCCAGAAAUAGUUAUGAUCAGGGGGAUUAUGAGGGAUCAAGGCGUUUAGGGAAGAUGGCGCUCUAUGUGUCCAUCGCAUCCAUCAUCAUUGGCAUCCUCAUCAUCACCAUCUUCUUCGCUGUGCAUUUCAGCACGAAGGAUGUUUAAUAUGGCAGUAUUUUUGUCAUGCUGUGCUCCGGGAGAAGGAUGUCUACCGGGUCACUCUGUCUGUCGAACUGAACAGAGAUGUUAGUAAUGAAAGCAGGAGCAGGACAGAUCCAGCACAAGAUCUGCAGUUCAGCUCUGAAUGAACAUGCUUAUAAAAGAGACGUAGAUGAUGGAAUUAGUCAAGCAAUGUUUUCAGACAAUCACAUUCAAUGUAUGCACUUAGAAAUCACUGAAUAAUAUGCAUCCAUAGAAUAUGUAAAUAAUUUUGUAAUCUAUGCAUGUCUGUUCUUUUUCUAAUUCUUUUUCUGGCUAUCCUGUAUUAAAAUGUACAGCUAUAGGUUUCAGGGUUGAAUUUCAAAACAAAAAUGAUUAAAAAUGACCUUUACUAGUAA